AAUGCCAGUACUUUAUUGCAUUCGGCGCAGUACAGACGCUGCAGUGCGAAAUGGAACCGUUACGACCAGCCAGUGAGGAGGAAAUAUGUCAACUCAUUCGUAUCUACGAGCAGAGCCUGCCAGACUCGAUACAAUUUGUAGCGCUGUUGCAAAACAUUUUACGCAUAAACACAAAACUGCACGGCACUGAUUUGGAACAAGUGUCGCACAGAUUCCAGAAAACUGUGUACGUUCCGAGCGGUGAGAGCGAAAAUCGCUUCGCGACGUUCGUAGCUAUAAGCCGGGAAGAGGAUCUUUUUGUACUGAUGCAUUCUUUACAAAGCCCACCGGUCGAGCUUUCGAAUGCGGUCCUUAAUACGAAAUACAUCAAAUGUGAUUUGAAACCAGUGUUUACGAUUGGCGCACACCUAGCAAUACGCGAUAGUCUAUCUCAGCUUAUGGAGCAGCGAGGGUUAAGCUUAGAUAGUUGGUCAGAUUGCUUAAAUUACUGGAUGCCACGAGAAGAAGCUGCUAAACUUAGCUAUGUUGUCCCCAGCGAAGUACAGUUGAAACCAUUAGCCAAAGAGCAUGCAAGGAUUUUAAACGAGUGCUGGCCCUACCGCUACAAAACGUCCCAGCUGUACAUGGAGUCAGCCAUCGAACAUAGCAUAGGUCUCGGACUGUUUGAUAAGCGGUCCGGAGAGCUUGUAGCCUGGGUGUUUAUGAAUGAUCAUGACGCAGUGGGGCACCUGUACACUGUUCCCGAUCGCAACAAUAGAGGAUAUGGAAGCACGCUUGCCAAGGCAUUGACGAGACACAUCGCAGUCGAAUAUAAGCAGCAUGUUCACACGUUUAUCGCUGAAAGUAAUGAACGAUCAAUAAGGUUGUUUGAAAAGAUAGGAUUUGUAGCUGUAAGUCAUACGCAAUGGCUCGUCACGAACUAGAAAAUCGGAUAACUAGAACUCUUUUAAACAUAUUCUCAAACCAAGCAUAUUCAACAGUACCAUAUUUCAUCCCUUCUACCAUUUACAGAGUUCAAUAGAAUGUAUAUAUAAUGCAAAUAAAUGGCAAAUUCUUUAAAAAAAUUUAGUUAC